GACUGGCAGCCUUUUCAUUCUUGACCCUCUAAGGGGUGUAAAUGAACUGAAAGCCGCCCAAGAUGCAUGCCAUAAGUUUGGAGCUUAUUUCCACACGAGAAGACAAAACUAUGGAAGGCAAGACUUGGUGCACAUAAAAUGGAAACCGAGCACAAUUGAGCAUUCAUUUCAGGAAGAUGAUUCCAGCUGUGGUGUCUUUAUAAUGCUGAUGGCCAAACAGGUGGUGGAACAGUUCCCAAAAAUCCCUGAAAACAUUGACAUCACACCCAGCAAGGAAAUGAUGUGCGAGUACAGAAAGAAUUUGGCUGAAGUAAUAUUGCUGGCAUCAGUGUCAACGGCGGAGUGCUGCUCUGUGUGCGGAAAACACAAUGACCAAAGUCAAGAUGAAUGCAUCUGGAUCCAAUGCAAAGUAUGCCAGAGAUGGUUUCAUCUUUACUGCCUCAGGAUGAUUCUGCCACCAGAAGAACAACCAUGGAUUUGUGAAUUGUGUUUGUAAGCUAUUCAAUCUCUAUUGACUAUUUGGUGUAAUAUGCGAAUAGUUACUCGUUUUGCUGCACUUACUGCAACAGAUUGAACGUUUGGAAUUAAAAGUUGAAACAAAGUUAAAAUGAUUAACUUACAUGCUGUCAUGUAUAUUGGAAACUUUAGAUAGAAGUUAUCUGUUAUGAUACUUGUUAUAGAUUUGACUAUUUUUGUUAGUCUAGAACCUUAAUGCUUUGCAUAGAAUCACUCGAGUUCACGCUAUUUUCAAAGCCUUAUUUGCAACUACAAAUC